AUGGUUUCUUCCAGACUAGUGGAUGGGGAGAACAUUGGCACAGUCAAUAACAAUGGUGACGCAUACUAUCAAGUUGGCUCGAAAGAUGACAUCAGUGCUAGUAAUGCGGUUUCAGCGUAUAGCCAAAAUCAUCAUAAUACUGUAGACGUUUGUCAGGAUUUGGAAGCUGACCAAAGUCAUCAGGGAGUUGUUAUUGAAACGCCUUCCUUCUCUCUUGGUCUAACUCAAGAAGAGCAGUUGCCUGCUAUUGGUGUUUGUACGCUAAACACUGUUACGGGUAAUAUUCCAAUAAAUUUUUGCGACAACCUUGGAGAUUCACAGCAGUUUCGAAAAAGCACCCGGGUGAAGAGUGUUCCGCAAGCUCUUGUGGAGGAUUACCAGUGUGGACGCGAGAUCGUUUCACGCGCAAGGAAAGCUCAGAGAUUUAUAUUUGCUUUCGAUGAUAAAGCUGAAACAGGAAGGAAAUUCUCAAAACUUCUACAACAGGCUAACACACAUGUGUACGUCUUGAAGUCGGUGGAGUUAAAGUUAGUAGGAAGGAAAUUUUACAACUUGCUGAAAGAAGGAAGUUUUAUACUGCAAAGGUUAGCACUCUCUUCAUCCUAUAUCAAAACAUAG